ACAUAAAUAUAAAAUAAUUAAUUUAUAUACGGAAAACACAUUAAAAAUUAAUGAUGAUUAUGUUCGAAACUUAGGCAAACGUGUCUAGAUAUUUGUCCCCCCCGUGCCCGCAUGCGCAUCAACGACGUGGUUGCGGCGUCUGACACUGUGAGCUUCGCUGAAGAAGAAUGAGGAUAGCACAACUACUGCUGGGGCUACUGGUCGUAGGACUUGAAUCUGUCUUAGCUGUGCAGCGAGAUAACUUCCGCACUUGCUCUCAAGUUGCAUACUGCAGGCGGCACAGAGCAUUGGAACCAGGACCUUCAUCUUAUGCUGCACAGCCAGAAUCUCUUCGGCUCUCGCAGACAUCUGCAGAGAUCAAUGUUCUCAAUAAAGAGACAGGUGUUCGUUUUGUCCUUACCAUAUCUGGGAUUAAAGAUAACACUUUCCGUAUUCGAUUGGUAGAGGCAGAACCUCUACGACAGCGGUUUGAGCCACCUAUUGGAGAUGUUCUUGUCAAGGAACCAGAGGGCGAGGAGAUGAUCUACAAAGGACGAAGUGGAUCUCAGCUCACAUUCACCAAGGGGUCUUCUCGUCUCAUCCUCACCACUGAUCCGCUGCGUAUUGACAUUUUCUCUGAUGACAACCCUGUUGUCAGCAUUAAUGCUCGAGGUCUCUUGAAUUUUGAACACACUCGUGAGAAAAAGGGCUGGGUGACUUCUCUGACAUCUUCUCUAUUUUCUUGGUUUUCACAACCUUUCAGAGAGCCAGCCGCUGAAGACACCCAGCAAGAAGAGAAGAAGGAAGAGACGGAGAACAAUGAGGAGGAAAAGACAGAAAAGAAGAAAGAAGAAGAGUCUGAUCUAUGGGAAGAGACGUUUAAGUCUUUCACAGAAUCCAAACCUUUUGGACCAACGUCAGUUGGUGUGGACAUCUCCUUCCCAGGGGUGGAGUACGUGUAUGGUAUUCCUGAGCAUGCUGAGUCCUUAGCUCUCAAGACAACCAAGUCCACAGAUCCCUAUCGUCUGUUCAACCUGGAUGUAUUUGAGUAUGAACUGUACAACCCCAUGGCCUUGUAUGGUUCUGUGCCCCUUAUGAUUGCUCACAAUGAGAAGAGAACACUGAGCGUGUUUUGGCUGAAUGCUGCAGAAACGUGGGUAGACAUCAGGUCGAAUGUGGCAGACAAGAAGCGCUGCAAUCCUUUGACAGGAGGUUUGGGAAAAUGCUCUCUGUCAGUAACAAUAAAGUCUGUUUUCUCCAAUCUUGCUGACUUUGUGACGGGAAACAACGAGGUGCCCCAAACAGACACUCACUGGUUUUCUGAGAGUGGCAUCAUCGAUAUUUUCAUCAUGCUUGGCCCAGGACCAAAGGAUGUGUUCAGGCAGUAUGCUGCCCUCACAGGAACAACACCUCUGCCACCAUUGUUUUCCAUUGGCUACCAUCAAUGUCGAUGGAACUAUAAUGAUCAGGAGGAUGUGAGAAGUGUUGAUGAAAAUUUCGACAAGUUUGAUUUACCCUAUGAUGUGAUCUGGCUGGACAUAGAGCAUGCUGAUGGAAAAAGGUAUUUCACAUGGGAUGCUUCCAAAUUCCCCAAUUCUGAAGAGAUGCUGCGUAACAUUUCCUCCAAGGGUCGCAAAAUGGUGACCAUCGUUGAUCCUCACCUGAAGCGAGAUGACAACUUCAAAGUUUAUGCUGAAGGUCGAGAUAAAGGACUGUUUGUCAAGACCAAAGAUGGGCAAGACUUUGAUGGCUGGUGUUGGCCAGGGUCAUCUAGCUGGCCAGACUUCAUGGAACCCCAUGUACGGGACUGGUGGGCCAGCAAGUUUGCUCUCUCGGAGUACCCUGGCUCAGCACUCAACCUGUAUACCUGGAAUGACAUGAACGAGCCAUCUGUCUUCAAUGGACCAGAGAUCACAUUCAGCCGAGACCAGAAGCAUCUUGCAGGCUGGGAGAACCGAGAAGUUCACAACGUUUAUGGCAUGCAUGUGCAUGCUGCUACAAUGGAGGGUUUACUCAGGCGUACCAACCAUCAGGAACGGGCAUUUGUCCUCACCCGUGCUUUCUUUGCUGGAAGUCAACGAACAGCGGCUGUGUGGACAGGUGACAACAUGGGCGAGUGGGGUCACUUGAAGGUGUCCAAUCCAAUGAUCCUAUCCCUAAACUUGGUGGGCAUUGUUUUUUCUGGAGCUGAUAUUGGUGGCUUUUUUAAGAACCCUGAUAUCGAGCUUCAGACCAGGUGGUUUCAGGCAGGGGCCUUCCAGCCAUUUGCUCGUUCUCAUGCACAUCUGGAUACAAAAAGACGUGAACCAUAUCUUCUCCCCGAAGAAAAUGUUAAUAUAGUGCGUAGUGCUCUGCGUGCUCGGUACUCUUAUCUACCCUACUGGUACACACAGUUCUACUUGUCAGAGAAAACAGGAGCACCUGUAAUGCAGCCCCUUUGGGUAGAGUUUCCUGGAGAAAAGGCCACUUUCAAUAUUGAUGACGUAUAUUUGAUUGGACCAGCACUGUUAGUUCGACCUGUGACAGACCAGGGGGCUGUCUCUGCCAAUGUCUACUUCCCUGGAGCUGACGAGUUGUGGUAUGAUGUGGACACCUGGCAAGUGUACAAAGGCCAGCAGGAGGUCAACGUUCCAGCACCGCUGUCCAAGAUUCCUGUGUACCAGAGGGGAGGCUAUAUAAUUCCACGCAAAAUGCGCCCACGACGCUCUUCAACUCUUACGUUUGAUGAUCCUUUCACCCUUGUGGUCUGCCUAGAUGCAAAGCAAGAGUCUGCAGGACAGCUUUACGUGGAUGACUACCAUUCCUUCCGCUACAGAGAUGGAGACUUUGGCUUAGUCAACUACACCUUUCAACACCACAAACUUCACAGCAUACCAAUUCAGCAGGACAAUCAGUUCACAACAUCAGAGUGGCUUGAGCGAGUGAUGAUAAUAGGUCUACCCCAUGAACCCAAAAGUGUUACUCUAAAUAGUUCUGGUGAGACAAAAGAUUUGGGAUUCACAUAUGACAGCUCAACAAAAAUACUUGUAAUUCGAAAGCCUGGGGUGAAUAUUUUAUUACCAUGGACCAUAACUCUUCACUAAAAAUGCCUGCUGAUACCUAGGGAGUGAUUGUGUUGGGAAUUACUUUUGAGUUGUCUGCUGUAUGCUGUCUGCUGAAUUGUGUGAAAUUGCACUAUCUAGUUACCCUCUACAUGUUUUAUUCCACCCUAAUAUUUCAUGAGCAUUUUUCCUAAUGCCAUUUAAAUGAAAGGAUAAUCACUUAUUUAGUUAACAGUGGAAAAAAAAGUUUCAGUUUUAUGUUAGUACCAUUUUAUUCCACUUUAUGAACAUUUUUUCCCCGUUUUGCUGAUCAUAAUCGGUAGCUGUGCUCAUUCACUGGACCAAAGUGUCACCUUUGUUUCUAAAGAUUGAUUUGGGUGGCAUGGAUGUUACGAUGGAAGGGUAUGUACUAUAUAUAUAUAAACAGCACAAUUAGGCUUAGGAAUAUCUGUUAUGUGAUGCGAAGAACAUGGCAUGUUCUUUCCGAAUUAGUGCAAUUUUUGUAAUGCAGUACUUAUUUUAGACAGUUGACUUUGAUGUGUCAUGCAGGCAUAUUAUAAUUGUUAGAUUUAUUUUCCAACAGUGAGAAAUGGCAAAUUUUUCAUGAUUUUGUAAUAGACGGAAGUGGGUUGUGUGUUAAAUGCUGCAGGCCUCAGGGGGAAGGGGUUUUAAAAAAAAAUGCGCAAAGCCUGACAUAAGAAAAUAUUUAAAAAUCAACAUUGCCAUCCAUGUCAGUGUCACAUUUUAAUGAAACCAGCAUCAAUGUCAUGAAAAGCUCACAAUUUGUUAAAUCUAAUAGAAAACACUA